ACGGCGCGGGGCCGGUGCGGUCCGUGCUGAGGCUGAGCCGGCCGCGGGCGCCACGGAGGCAGGGAACAGGUCCAGUACUAGAGGCAGCGGUGGAGGCCUGGAACCCGGAGCCUGCUGCUGGACUCACCUGGCUCCACUUCCAGACGAGGAACCUGAGUUCUGUGAGAUGGCAAUGGCGGCAGGGCCAGCAGCAACCUUCCCCAUGAGCAACCACACCCGGGAGAGAGUGACAGUGGCCAAGCUCACUCUGGAGAACUUCUACAGCAACCUGAUUCUGCAGCAUGAGGAGAGGGAGACCAGGCAGAAGAAAUUAGAAGUGGCCAUGGAAGAAGAAGGAUUAGCAGAUGAAGAGAAAAAGUUACGUCGAUCACAACAUGCUCGUAAGGAGACAGAGUUCUUACGGCUCAAAAGGACCAGACUCGGCCUGGACGACUUUGAGUCUCUGAAGGUCAUAGGAAGAGGAGCAUUUGGAGAGGUGCGACUGGUUCAGAAGAAAGACACAGGCCACAUCUAUGCAAUGAAGAUCCUGAGAAAAGCCGACAUGCUGGAAAAGGAGCAGGUGGCCCAUAUCCGAGCUGAAAGAGAUAUCUUGGUAGAAGCAGAUGGCGCCUGGGUGGUGAAGAUGUUUUACAGUUUCCAAGAUAAGAGGAACCUUUAUCUGAUCAUGGAGUUCCUCCCCGGAGGUGACAUGAUGACGUUGCUAAUGAAGAAAGAUACCCUGACCGAGGAGGAAACGCAGUUCUACAUUUCAGAGACUGUUCUGGCAAUAGAUGCAAUCCACCAAUUGGGGUUCAUCCAUCGGGAUAUUAAACCAGACAACCUUUUAUUGGAUGCCAAGGGGCACGUGAAAUUAUCUGAUUUUGGUUUGUGCACGGGAUUAAAGAAAGCCCACAGGACUGAAUUCUACAGAAACCUCACACACAACCCACCAAGGGACUUCUCAUUUCAGAACAUGAACUCAAAGAGGAAAGCAGAAACAUGGAAGAAGAACAGGAGACAACUGGCAUAUUCCACAGUUGGGACGCCGGAUUAUAUUGCUCCAGAAGUGUUCAUGCAGACUGGCUACAACAAGUUGUGUGACUGGUGGUCUCUGGGAGUGAUUAUGUAUGAAAUGCUCAUAGGAUAUCCACCUUUCUGCUCUGAAACACCUCAAGAAACAUACAGAAAAGUGAUGAGCUGGAAGGAAACUCUGGUAUUUCCUCCAGAGGUGCCUAUAUCUGAAAAAGCCAAGGAUUUAAUUCUUAGAUUUUGCAUCGAUUCUGAAAAUAGAAUUGGCAAUAGUGGAGUAGAAGAAAUAAAAGGUCAUCCCUUUUUUGAAGGUGUAGACUGGGGUCACAUCAGGGAAAGGCCAGCAGCAAUCCCAAUAGAAAUCAAAAGCAUCGAUGACACUUCAAAUUUUGACGACUUUCCUGAAUCUGACAUUUUACAACCAGUGCCAAACACCACAGAACCGGACUACAAAUCCAAAGACUGGGUUUUUCUCAAUUAUACCUAUAAAAGGUUUGAAGGGUUGACUCAGCGUGGCUCCAUCCCCACCUACAUGAAAGCUGGGAAGUUAUGAACGAAGACCACCUCCCCCCACGACAAGAGAACUCAGGUAGCUGCAUCGGCAGGCUCGCGCGGCAUAGGUAACAGCCCCCUGAAUAUUCGGACGAUGGCGGUGCUCGGGACUACAGGAGGAAAUUCUACAGGCUUAGGAUUUCUAAGACUACUACAGGAAUUGGUUGGCCGUGCCAGCUGGCUUUUUUUUUUAUAUUUUAUUAUUUUUGUUAACUUUAUUAUUCGAAGGUACUGGAAUAAAAGAAACAUGUAUCCCUUCCUAACUGCACUGCCUACAUGCGUAUUAAGGUCCAUCCUGCCUGUGCCGUGGCUUUGUACUGUAACCCCUCUAGUCAAGUCAGGAGAAACACCCGUCACUUCAGCAGUGUAGGCCACCUGUAGGUAGCGCCGCAGCCUUGCUGUCUCACCGCCAAUCUUACGGGUCUAGGUGACCCACAAAGCCAUCUCCUGCAGAGGACGUUAGAACACUUGCCCUGUUGGUUUGGACAUCACAGGAUACAUCCGAAGGCAAUUUCGGUAAUGGUUCUAAGAAAUUUUAGUAAGGAAAUACACUGGUUAUUUAAAAAUAAUAGAAUUUAUCAUCAUGUUACUUACAAACUCCACAGUAAGGAGUGACACGUUCCUCACAAAGAAGAGGAAGGUGACGCUGCCACUCGCACAGCCCACGAUACAUUUACUUUGCCUUCGGAAACACUGAUGACCUUCGUACACCAGUCUGUGUACUCAUAGGGAGAUGCACUGUAUUAUAGAGUGUCAAGUUGCUUUUCUUGUGACAGGAAGACUUCUUUUUUAACAAGAGGACAUGGCAUUAUUUUAAUUUGAUUAUGCUGAGUUGAAUUUUAGAAAUGACCACGAAGGCUGCUUGUAGAACUCGUGUAUUUUUAUUAAACUAUUUUUUUAAAAGUCAAACUUCUGAUCAUGUAAAAAUGGACUUGCAGAAAACAAAGAGCUAUUUCCUUUGGUUUUCGAGAAAGUUGUUAACAUAUCAUGGCUGGUUAACUUUUACUCCCUUUGACUGCCCUUGUGUUAUUGUGCCAUUAUUUUCUCACACUCCAAAUGUACCAAAGAUCCUGAACAGAGUGGAUGAACUCAGUGGCUUGUACUUCCCUGCAGGAGUGCUGUGUUCUCUCCUGAUGGGUGUCCACUAGAGGUCAGCUUAUGCGGGGCAGGAUUGUUCGUGUUUAGCUCCCUCGCUGUGGUUCCUGUGAAUGGCGGUAAGUGCAGGCCCAGGGUGCAGUGAUGAGAGGGUUGGGGAGAUGAUGUUCACUUCCCUAAGAACUCAAGUCUUUUCUAGCUCAGCAUUUUAAUUCUAAAACUACUCUGAGGUUUUGGUUUCAUAAGUCAAUAAUACUUGAUCCAGGAAUGGCCUAGCUUAUGUCUUUACCUUUAACUAAUAGAACUUUUUAAGAUACAACUAUAACCAUUACAAAUGACAUGUGAUCAGAAUCUAAAAUGGCCACAUAGUUGUGGGGAUGUUCUUAAUGGGAAAGAAUGGCAAAGGACCAUUAUGCAAAUCAACAAAAGCUUUUUCACUGUUGCUGCUAGUGGCUCUGCAGUGUGUCAGUAGACCCCUGGAUUGGUGUCCCCCCACAUCCCCAUCCCCUCUCUCCCUGUCUCUCUCCCUCCUCCCCUCUGUGUUUGGUAUUUAUUAUGUGUUUAUCUAAUAGUUCAUCUGUUGUGUGGAUCGUGUGGCUGAGUAUUUUGGAAAGAGAAGUUUUUAAAUUCCGGGGUUAUCACCAUUCAGUUAACUCUAACUUUUCUAAUUAUAACUGCCUCUUAUUAAAACAAGUCUUUAACUUCUGCUCAGAUUUGUGAGAUUUUCUCACUCCACCUCACACUGUUUUUUUAAAGGACUGUUUUCCUAGUGUGUUAGUGAAUGGGUAAGAUAUUUGGAAACUGAAACGUUUUCUAGCUCUGAUAUGGUAGCUUUUCUAGCACAGAAAAUAUUAAUUCAAAUUGGAAUGGGAGAAAAAGGAGCUGAAUUACCUAAGUUUAUUUUUUAAUUGAAUAAGAGUAGAAUGUGUUAAUUUCUGUCUCCUCCGAUCUUGUGAACAGGAAGGACUUGGAAAUAGUUACGAUAUCCUGGCAGUGGAAGGGCCGGUCUGGAAAGUUUACUUGGUUUAGAGUUUCAUUUUCCCCUGGACUUAACAGAGUGAUUCAUAACCUUUGGGGUUUUCUCCUCAUCAAAAGCAUUUCUUAAGUGCCUAUCUAAAAGCAAGUACAGACUGUGUCUGCCCUUUGGAAGCUAAGAAUUUGAUUCAUGAUACAAAUUAACUAGAUCAUCUGCAAAGUACCCUUGAGAUGGAAUCUUCCCUCGUACACAUUUCCCACAUUUCAGGUCAACCAUUUGAUUUCAGUGACAAAAACCCUACUAACCAACUGGGCAUAAUGGCAUUUUCUUUAAAUUAGACUCUAUUUUGAAUUAAAGAGUUUUAUUAUAAACUGUGUGUUUUUGGUUUUUCUAAGUAUAUAGAAAGCUUGUAUAAUUCAGAUUUAUUGAAUUUUCCUGAUUUAAUGUAGACUGACUUUUUUAUUAAAAAACCUUUGUAUUAAAACAAGUU